AUGUAAAUUUAUAAUAACCUAAAACAACAAUUCUAGGAAACCAAAAGAGGAUUCUCUUAAUCACCUGAACAAGGAUUGUACCUAACUCAAAAUAAACCUCCUUUGGUUGAAUCAAGAUCCAUGUGGAACAAAAAUGUCUAUUUAGUGCCCAAAUGGGAGAAGAGAGAUAUUAAACAUGUUGAAAGUAAUAAUCAUACCCCAUUUCCCAUUCGCAAUUACAUUAAUUAUGUGCAAUAACAUAGUGAAGGAUUCUCCAAUUCACUCAAUCUUGAUUUCCUCAAACAUUUGAUCAGACUUUUCACUGUUAAUUAAUGGUGGGUAGACUAAACCAAAAAAUUCAAGAGAACCAUCCCAAUCAACAUUUUGCAAAUGCCCUCAAAGAAUUAAGUAGAAUAGUCAAAUUUGUAAUUGUUGAUACAAAAGUCAUUUGAUGAUCUCAACUUUUACAAUAAAAUCCUGUCCUCAACAAAGUCGCCUCCAAUACCCUUGCCGUAGAAUUAAUUGCAUGAAUAUAAGUCAUCAGUCACAUAUUAGGUUCUGGAUUUGAAUGCCUCUGAGAAAUACAAGGAUUACUCCUUAUUUCAAUUGCAAGACCUCUUCAUUAAAAGAAUAAUGCAACUACUAUCCGAGCGAGGACUCCCAAGUCUUGGGUACUACGAUUAUCUCACUUUCUAGUAGAUUGUGGAAGAUUAAAAAAAGGGAAUUUGUGACGCAGAGACAUUCAUGAAGGUUUUAGAAAUAAAGCGACUAUUUAAUCAAAUAGACCUUAUUUCUCAACAAAAUGAACACCUCACAAAUCAAUGGGAAUCAGAAUAUUAAAAGAAUUAAGUGGAAAAUCCUAAGAAAUUUAGAAGAUGGAAUUAGGAAAAUACUUUGCUUUCUGAUGAAAUCCUAGAUCUAGCCAGUUAUGUUGGUUUCGAUGUCAAUUUAAAGAGAGCCAGAAAAAAUUAUGAAUUACAUAAAACAGAACACUAAUUCAAUGAACUAAUCAUAAUUGGAGACCAAAUAUCAGCCACUGCUCAGAAGAUCAUUCUAGACACCUAAUCUAAGUUAUCAAAAUUUGAGUAUGAAGUUGUUUAAACAGCGGAUUAGAUUAAGAAGGAUCCUUUAGAUUAGAAUAUCAAGAUAGCCCAAAACUAAUAAGAAUAAGAAAUACAUUAAGUUUAGGAUAAAAAGAUUGAAUAUUUCAAUACGGAAUCAUCCAAGAAUCUGCACAAUGUUUAAAUUGAAAGGUUCCAUACACAAAGAUAGAAACCACAAGAGGAUUUAAUAUCAAAUAAUAUCUAAAAAUAAACCAAAUCUUUUCAUUUUCCUUAACAAUUAUCCACAGAUAGAACCUAAUUCUCAAAUCAAAAAUAACCAAACAAAUAGAAAAUUAGUUUCAAUACUCCCCCAUAAAAAAAAUCCAUUUUAAUUUCAGAAAAUAAUCUUAAAACUCAGAAUCCGUUAAAGAGUUAAUAGCAAUAAUAUCGCAAAUUUCAUUAUAGUAGCAAUGAAAGAAAACAAUAUAUCACAAGAUUGGAUGAGCGUAAUGAGCAUAGUGUAAAGUAGAAUAGAAAUCUGUAAUCUCAAAAAUCCUAACAAUCACUAAGAUCUUAUGAAGAAUUUAUUAGACCAAUUGAGAAUAUUUCCUCAACUAAUUUACCAGCUCCUUAAUUACAUAAUUUUCACACUACAAGUGAAAUUAAUUAAAAUCUAAGUAGUCAUUAAAAUAAAUAAUCAUAAAUUAUUACCAGUUACAAUAGCAUCAGUCUUCAUCAAAAUAGAAAAAAUGUUCACAAAACCAAUGACCUUCGUGUCAUGAAGGAGUAUAUAAAAAAGAACAAGAAGUAUAAAACUGAACUAUAAGAGAAACUACUUUAUAGUGAUAAAAACAUAGGGGAAGAUGAUUUUGAUGAAACAAAGCCAAACCCUAACUUCAAUUAAGUUAAUGAAUCCUAAGAUUUGAGUGAUGAUUUGGAUCUCCUCCCUUCUAUUACUUAAAGAGAUGUAAGACCUUAUGAUCAAUAGAAUUAAGAGAAUGAGAUUUAUAAUUCAAUACCUGAAUCCACUUCAAAUAAUACAACUGCAAGAACAUUAAGAAACACCAGUAAUUAUAAUCCUGUUCUUCCUAAAAAAUAGAAAUAGGAGCAUCAAGACCAGCCAAAACAUGAUAAACCUGAGCAAUUGUAAACUAUAAAUGAAAUUUCAAGGAAGAUCUCUCCCGUCUUAAUUAGAUAAUCCUCAAUGAAAAAUGACCCUAGGAAUAAUGAAAAUUAAUCACACUUGAAACCCUCCAAAGAGUUUCAAGGCGAAAAGGUAUCAAAUUAAAUCCAUUCUUAAAUACCAGAAAUAGUUAUACAUUAAGAACCUAAGCAUGAUGAAACGAACACUAACAAUUAUUCUUAAAACUCUAUUGAUUUACCCUCAUAAAAAACGAGAAACACUAAUGGAAUUAAUGAAAAAUCUAAAAAUUUUCUUAAAUCUUCAAUUCACUUUUCUGAUAAAUAAUAGAUUUAAAAGGACCAUUAAAAGGCAGAAACAACAAACAAGUCAUAAGAAAAUCAAUAAGAAUAUAAAAGAACCAAAAAUAAAUAUGUUAAAUAAGAAGUUCUAGAUGAUCCAAUGGAGGAUGAAUCCGAAGAAGAAUCCGAAGAAGAAUCAGAAGAUGAUGAAGUUGAAGUUGAAUAGGUUAACAAUGUUACUGGUAAGUAAAUGAAGAGGAAGAAGAAAGCAAAGGUGUAAUCAUUAUCAACUUCUUAAUUAGAAAGAAUCGAAGAUCAUAAGAGAUAUUUAAAAUUUUUGAAAGAAGAACUCAAAGAAAUGUUGGAUAAAAAAGUCAAUUUAAAAGAAAUUAAAGAACAUAUUAACAUAAUCCUUAGUGAAAUAGGGAGCUUAAGUUUAGAUCAAGAGUUAGAUUAUUACAUUCAAUUAUAUAAAUCUAGGGCUUAGGAAUUGAAUUAAGUAAAUUAGGAAUCUCAUGAGAUUCGAUUUUAAAAUUAACAACCAGUUGUUGAGUUGAGAUUAAAAAGGGAAAUUAAAGGGUUGAAAUUUGCCAAAGAUUGUGAUAGAAUAACAAAAUUGAAACCAUCUGAUCUUGAAGAUAUGGAUGAAACUUAGAAUUUAAUAAAAAUAGAAGAAGAAUUAAAUGAUUAGGAUUUGAAUACAAAUUAAUAUGCUACUUAAUAUCGCUAUGAAUCCAGACCCUCUCCACUAUAAACCAAUAUUAUCUAAGUCUCGUUAGAUGUGACAAGAAGCUAAACGCCUAAUUAAAAAAGAAUGUACAGAACAAAUCCAAGAUUUGAAUCUGACCUUACUACUUAUAAUUAAAAAAAGAAAGCAGCAAUUAGAAAUGCUAAGAAGUAAAAAUAGUCAAAGCAUAUACAACAUAUUGCAUUUAAGAAAGAACCUCUUAAUGAUAACUUCCCCUAUCUGCAUAAAUACAAACCUGAGUUAUUGAAGAGUGUCCUUGAGGCUCGUAUUAGUUUAGAAUAACUGAUUUGA